AAGUCCACAUAAAAUACGCGUAUUUAUUCCUACCGAGUUCGUUCAACAGGGACCCAUGUCCCAUGGUGAACUACACAAGUGCCGUUAAUGUUUCCGUACCCAAUGCCUUUUCAAAAAGAUUAGACGAAACCUACAUGAUCUGCAAAGUCCUUGACCAUGAAAAUGGAUUGGUUUUUCCACCUUAUUUUCAAUAAGACCCUGAUUUAUUCGACCAAUGAAAUGACCUGACGCUUGGCACGUAUGCACAAUAAACUUUAAACUGUAUGCGCUACAGAAAUUUGUCGCACUGCAACUAUUUAAAGAGCGUCUUAACCUAAAGACAUUCAGUGCAACAACAGAUCUCCUCCUCUCAGCAUCUCUUUAGCUUUGUUAAUAUUAACGAGUUAUAAGUAAAUGUCUGAAAUGCUGAACAAAUCAACAGCGAUCUUCUUAGUUGUACUGAUUGGUUCGUUGACGACGGCAGUCGCCGGACACCGGAAAAAUCUAGAGCGCAAAUUGGCCGGCAUUCAUCAUCACCUGCUGGGUUCUAGGGGAGAAAGAUGUCCACCAGGAAUGAAACUUGUCUUUAGCACUAGUUCCCCAAGUUUAUUGGCAGGAAACUUUGUAGCCAGGUGUGAACGCUCCGAUAUUGCUACCCCAUUAACCUCGUCUAACACCUUGAUUCAGUCAAGCACAGCCUUCGAUGCGCAAAAAUUUCAGCAGUCUAGCGCAGCAUUGCAGCCCACUGACAUUUUCAGGCCGUUUCCAUUUUUACCGGGUGCUGCCUUUGGCCAUCAGUUGAUGGGCUUGAAUAGAGCCGCUAUGCCCAGUGGGUUUUUACAGAAAGAGCGAGCAUUGCACAAGACUUUGGGUUCAAAACUAAAUCGACACUCUAUGAAGCACAUUUUCCAUAAAUCUAAAUUUUAACAAGUGAAGAAUUCAUGGACUGCGAGAUUAUACUAAGUGCACACGUUGGAAAUAAGGAACUGCUCGAAGGGAAAAAAUACAGAAAAGUGUAACGACCA